ACACACGUGACGUACAGACGCACUCACACACACACACACAGACGUACAGUCCGUACCCUGCGCAUGCAUACAAUGCCACAGGGACGUAGCUUCAACACUACUUUCUGAAGUACUAAGAUGCUGGCUGAAGUCACCAACCAUGGAUGACCUGGACCACAGUGUUCACAUUGCAGAGCGGGACUGGGACAGUUUCUAUGAGGAGAGCGAGGAAUGCGGCCUGGUCCAGCCGCUUCUGGCCCAUGAGGACUUCACUCUCAGUGACAACGAGGACCCUGCCAGCUCCUCAUGCCUAGAGGAGCUGCCCACUCCCAGGGGCACAGAGGAGGCAUGCCCGGAUGGCAACACUGUGCCCACGGCCAACUAUGAGGAGGGAUUGGCAUCGGUGACAUCGGCAGUAAAUCAAAUUGACCACCAAACAGAAAUGGUAGCCUGCUGUAGCGUCGAGGAACAGCCACUGUCAAAUUCUGUACCGGUGGGAUCAGGCGACAGCAAAGGAGUAGAGGGAGAAGCAUCGGCAGCAAAUCAAGACGACCACAACAUACUCACAGCAGGAGCGGAAGUCUCCAGCACCCCCGAAGAAGAAUCAUUGACAGAAUGCUCCCAUCCAGUGGUGGCAGGUGGCCUUGAAGUGGAAGUAGAUGAUGUUACUCAGCAAGAGGAUGGCCCAAUUUCAUUCAGAGCCACAGCACAGCAGGGUGUUGAUGAUGAAGCAACCGCCCCAGCACUAGAGGAAGAGGCUCCACCACCAGCAGCAGAGUGGAAAGAGAAAGAGCGCUGGUUUGUGACUCUGGACGACAGCCCUGUGAAACUCCGGUGCCAGAGUGGGGGCGCCUUGUGCCAACAAAAACGAAGGAAAAAAAAAACUUCUAGGAGGUCAACCCUCGUAUCAGGUUGGGAUCCAUGCUUGUCACCAGAAACAGAGAGAUGUACAGACAGAGUAGCAGAGAGUGAGGCAAGACAAGACGUAUCGAAGACAAGUGUGAAGAGGCGUUAUGCCUCUGAUUCAGACCUACCAUAUAGUAUUGCUCCAUCGACAAUUUUCCCCUAUGUACUUCAGUAUCAGGCCCCCAACCUAAAAACAUCUGAUUAUGAUCAGAAAACACCUCAUUCUGAUUCAUCUGGUCAGCAACCUCUAUGCCAAGGACAAGAAGAAGAAACUUGCAAGUCAAUGAACACCCCAAAUGUUGCCCAACCCAUGCUUACUGCUGAACAUCAGAGCAUUGUCCAAUCACCUCAAAGCAUAUCAGAUUCUUCACCUAUUCAAACGUCCAAAUUAUCCUCAGAGAAACCAAGUGGUCUUCCCAAAACAUCUGAUAACAGUGACCUCGCACCAACAUAUAACAUGAGUGAUAUACGGCCAAAUGACAUGCCACCAGGUCACUCUUGCAGAGCAGGAGAGAUUACACAAGAGGAUCAAGGCAAUGCAAGAUUACACCCCACACAUGACCUCACUGAAGAACAGUCUACUCAGCGCUUGGCUACCUUUCACAUGAAUGGAGGUGAAUGCCUUUCUCCAUCAGUGGACGAUUUGGAGACUCAGGACUCAUGCCUUGCUCAAGCAUUCGGGCCCAUCCGCCCAGUCUUCGCAAUUUCAUCCUUUUGGGACGAGAUGGAAAAGCUGACAAUUAACGACAUACUCCACCUACGAAUUGUGCACGACCCAUCUUCAUCCCCAGAAUCUGGCCACGUGGAUGAAAAUGACAACAUCUCUGACACACCUGACAGCACCCUGCCCAACCCUUCUGACAACUGUGAACAGGACACCACCGUGCCACUGGACUCACUGGAUAAUGCAGACUCAGACUAUUUCACCCACCUAGACGACUCCAAACCCGACCGUUCGAGCUGCGAGUUCUCCACCUUCUCCGAUUUUGAUGAGGAUCUCCUGCAGAUGGUCAACACGAGCUCCAGUACAAGCCCUGAGCCACAGGAUCAGCAGAGGGAACCGGCCCAACUCCAAGGCUUUAGUGACUCACCGUACCCACAAUCGGAAGUCCAGUCUGAACAUAAUAUGGAGCUCAGUAGAACCAGGGGCUCUGAACCCGAGCUCACUGUGCUGUUCUCCGAUAGCGGCACCCCACUGCUAGUCUUUUCAGAUGCCGAGUCGACAUUGAGCCCCAGUGGCAGUGAGUACAACAUGAUGUCCCUGGACUCAGAGAUUGUCAGAGAGAUGUACUAUGAUAGUGGACUGCAUGACGAAGGGCCAAGGACCUUAAUGUUAGCAUUCCCUUACGAGGAGACACCUCCGGAUUCGUUUAUUUUGGCAGGCCAUAACAUUGCAAGAACACCAUCACCUGUUCUAUCAAGUUCCAGUUUACUGGAGGACUCUUUCAUGAUCUCCUUCAACGAGAUGAUUGAACACUGUGAAGACACACCCUUUGACAGCUUAUUUGAGGCAUCCAAUUCAGACCUGUCCCUCCAACCUUACUCAGAAAAUCUGUCAGUGGCAGAAUCAUUCGACUAUUUCUUCUCAGACUUUGAUGACAAAAACAUUUUCUUUCCACUGAACUUCGGGCAACAAGAAAGCGCACCCAAGACAGUCCCCAUUUUCUCCUGCUCGCAAUCUCUGGUGAGAGACUUAACAUUUCCCGAAGUGGAGCAGUUCUUAGAUGUAGAGGAGGAGGACCACUGUGCCCCAAUACAUGUGAUAUCACGCUUCACCAGCCAGCAGAAGACAGUCCCUGCUGCUCCGGAUGUGUACAUCUACCGUCAGGGGGGCUGGAAGAACAUGCUCUCCCUCAGGAGGAUCUGGUUAACUAGAUCGGGGAACACCAGCAGUUGGUACCAGAGAGCCAGGUCCUGGAUGUCGCCAGGGAUGCUCUUCAGGCCAAUGCACCGAUCCUGCUCCACAGCACAUAUGGUCCCGGGCACCUGUUCCUCGCUGCAGGUGUUCCAUCUCGGAGAUCCUGUCCUCAGGAAGCAAGCGCUGAAUAAGAUACGACUACAAGAACAGUCUGAUGCAUCAGUCUUCAAAAAGAAGUACUUCCUCUUCUCCCUACGGCAAUCUGACAUGUGUUUGGUCUGCAUUGCCUUUGCAUCCUGGGUACUAAAGUCCACAAACCUACAAAGCGGAGACACAUGGAAGGCGGCUCUUCUGGCAAAUGUGAGUGCAAUAUCAGCCAUUCAGUACUUGCGGCACUACAAGCGUAAAAAAGGACAAGAUGAACCAUAAUAGGAUGGUGUGGCAUAUGGGAUUCAAAGGGGCCAGAGCAUGGAAAUGAAUUAUGUUUAAUAUAUCUAUUUACAAAUAGCUUUCGAAAUUUGUUUUUAAAAAAAACCUUCAUAUUAUUCACAUUUAUUUUAGAUUUCCAGGGUGUACAAACAAUCUGUAUAUCUAGACAAGAAAUGAAAUAAGAAUGUGUAUAUGUGUGUGUAUACAGAUGUUAUUUCUACGUAGAAGAGGUUGAUUUGGACCAUAUUAUAGCAUGGUGUAUGACAACAUGUUUAAGUUUCAAUCUACUUGUAUAUCAAAGGUGACAAGUGGGAAGUAACAGGUUCUGAGCCAGUUAUUAUUUUACUAUGUACAGCAUAUCGUCAUCUAUGCAUGUACUUAUUCGGAAAUAUAGCUUUUAAACAACCAAGGUUUCUGGUAAUGGUUGUAGAUCUGGGCAUAUGUUGAUGGUGGUACGGGGAGCAUUACAAUACUUACUGCUGAAAUGCAGAAUGUGAAUGCUAUGUGCAGAAUGUAAAUGCUAAGCGCAGAAUGUAUAAAUGCUUUGUGCAGAACGUAGGGCAAGUUGCAAGAAUUGACAAAGGAAUGUUUAAGUGCUUUUACAUUAAUGUUACCAGGUAAAACUAAUCUAGCAAUUGGUUGGAAGAAAUUAGGGUGAAUCUGGCUCUACCAGAUGCGUAAUAGGGUCUACCAUUCAGUAAAUUUACAGCGAGGGAAAACCGGUUAUUUCAUGAUUUGAAACCAAGGAGGUCUAUAUACUUACUGUAUCAUUGUUUGAAACAUCUACCUGGCUAAGCUUAUUAUAACUACCCUCGUUUGUUAAUGACUAGAACAAAUGGGUGAGGUAAAGUAGCUGUCAUUGAUCUAGCAGCUGUCUAAUAAUGCCUGAUCUUGUCAAUUGUAGAAGCUAUAGCAAUAUUUCCAAUUAGUGCAAUAUCAUGAAGUUUUCUCUCAUGUGGGGAAUGCAUCAUAAAACAUCUGGUAAUAGGACCGGUCAAGUGAGCUCUCUGCUUCAUUGUCUGCAAUACUUGAGUUUCUUUGCUUUGGAUUAAGAGGUCUACUGGAACUACAAUGCUUUACAUAUGUGUAGGUAACUUAUAUUGACAUGUGUGUGUAUAAAUGCUCAACCCAUUGGUUGAAGAAAAAUAUUAAGUAGUUAGGAAAUGGAUCGCACUCAGUUUUUCCUUCUUUCUUGUUCUUUUCUUUUUAUUUAAACAUUGCAAUAAAAAGAAAAGAACAAGAAAGAAGAAAAAACUGAGUGCGAUCCAUUUCCUAACGACUUGAUUACUUCAGAGACGCAUCAACAAGACGGAAGAGCGCGGUGUGUGGAAGACAGCUUUGUGAAGAAAAAUAUUAGACAGGAGGAGGACAUAACACAUAACUGUAUUUAUGCACACACAUUUCUACUUGAUGAAAGGUGACCGUAGCCUAGCAUUUCAGUUGACAACCCUUUAGCACUUUAUUAUCAUUAGUACUGUAUGUGUUGAGUUGGGUAUCAUUUGUGUUAGUUAAAUAAAAAAAAAUCAAUAAUCA